CAGAAAAUAUGUAUGUGCUGGCUUGUACAUGAAAUUCAAAAUUCAUAUAUGUUAUGCAAAUCCUUCCCUGUAAAGUCUGGAUAAUAUAACUUUUGAAUAUUUUUACUCAUUUAUUUAAUCAUUCAGAUAUGAAUCUUACACCUGCAAAAUGUUACAUGAAGGAAAGACUUUAAUGCAAAUUACACAUUACCAUGCACUUUCAAGUCCCCUUAAAUAAUUUCAGUUAUAUAGUUUUUUUGUGCAUAUAUGGAGAGAGAGAGAGAGAGAGAGAGAUUAUAACGUGUAUGUGUGUGAAUCAUCAAAUUUAAACAGCCUUUCACAAAGACUGCAGUCACCCCAAAGUAUAAAAUGGUCAGUUUGGCUUCUACAGGAUAUACACUUUGCUUGUUUUCCAAAUAUUUAACUAGUAGGCCUCAUUCUCUGGUACUAGAAACAGGUACCGUGGUACCACGUCCUGGAUGUUUCCUUUCCCUACUUUGUUUGUGUCAUUCUUUGUGUCCUCUUGGUUUGUACCCCCUCCUUAAAGUCCUCUACCCUUCGUGCCCCCCGUCCGCCCCUCCUUUUCAAUGCCGCUGCGCCUGUGCGUGAGUCGUGCUGCUGACACUGGGGACUCUGCUCCGGCGCGUCGUAACGGACCGAUGUGUCUCCGGUGAUCUAGGUUGCUUUUGUUGCCGUUAGCGACACGAUGUCCGCCUCGCUACACUGCCUCCUGCUCCUCGCCACUGUGUGCCGGGAAUGGGCACUGGUCUCCUCCUUUGCGGGGGCCUGCAGCUCGGAGAGCGGCCGGACGCGCAAUUCGGAGCCGCGGCGGCAGCGACGGAGUGAUGUGGACGGUCCUCUCGCAACCUGCGCUUACAAGCUCCUGCAUACCGGCACUAGUGGCGGCCUUUGCUUUCGGACCCCAGAGCGCGGCUUCCGAUGCCAGGAAAAGCUCUGUACCAGGUAUCGCUCAGCAGGACGCGGCACGCUUGUAGCCAACGUGCUAAAGAACGGCAGUGCACUUCUGCAGUGGCGGUUCCCGGCGAUUUCAGGGCUGCGAGGUUUUCAGCUGGGCUGUUGGUGGAACGGCACACAUACACAGUUCCAGUGCGACAGCGUGUGGUUGGGCGCAGGGUGCUCCGAUUACCUGCUUGCAGACGUGCACGAUAGCGUGCGUUAUCGUAUCUGCCUACGGCCGCUGUACGCCGCGAACGCCAGCAACGGCGGACCCGGAGACUGCGUGGACUUCAGCGCCGAACCAGCUGGCAUGCGGGAUAUCGUCAUCGCCAUGACGGCGGUGGGGGGCUCCAUCUGCGUCAUGUUGGUGAUCAUUUGCCUGUUGGUGGCUUACAUCACGGAAAAUCUUAUGCAUCCUGCAUUCAAAGGUGGAGGCCCGCUGCGGGCAAGUGCCAGCACCCAGACGGACAGACGUGCAAGGCUGGCGCUGGUUGUGCGGGAGGAGCCAGACAGUGAACUGCACAAGGCGGGCAUGCUGUAGUUACUGUGUAUGACGUCUGGUGUGGACCUUACGUAGAAUUGCGCCAUUGUGUUCCACUAUGGUGAGCGACCUCCCUUUGAACGGAUGAAAGUUCAGCUCGGUAUUGUCACCUCAGGGUCUGCAGUGCCACAGAGUCAUUAAGACUGAAGGGCCUCACAAAGCCCCUGGAUGGUCACAAGUGUGUGUGUGUUUCCUUCUCUCACAUUGUGUGCCCAGUCAAGCUUUGUUAUUGCUAGAUUAGAAUAGAUUCAGCUCCUGAUAGAGUAGAAACCAUACUGGAAGCAGGCCAACUGUCUCUUGGCUCUGGCACAGUACAGCAUUGAAUGGUUUCCAGUGACACAGCUGUCAUGUAACUGGACUGGGUGCCUGGAGUAAAAACUUGUCUUUUUUGCAGAUGAAUUUUCCUGGACAGAUAAUUUCUUUAAAAUCUGACAAGUUGUGAGCCAAAUGAGUUUGUGAAACAUGCUUUUGGAUCUUGCUGCAUUUUCCUAGCUCUUGACAUUUUGGUACUUCCCAGCUGAAUUUAAAGGGGCAUGCCAAUCAGCAUGCUUUUCCAGUAUGGAAGUAGGACUUAGUAAUAUUGAUCAUAGCUUUACUGUUGUAUUCCAAAUUAGAUUAAAUAAACAUGGCAGUGGUAUCAUGUAUUGAGUAAUUUGAUUGUUUAACCAGUUCUAUUAGCUGUCAUUUAAACAGCUCAGUCAGGUGCAUGGUGUGACCUGAGUGACUUUUAUGGAUAUAGUUUAACUGCGUCCUGUGCAUUAGCACUGUGUAGUCAUCAAAACAACUGGAGACAUGUUUAACUUACUGCUCCACAGGGAAGCUGAAAUCUACCAUCAUGCUGACCAGAGAAGAACUGAAUACAGAAUAUGAAGCGGAAUCUAUGCAGUUCUUUUGGAAGUCUUGUCAAUUAUUACAAAUUCUACAAUAUAAA